CGAAUCCAAUUAGGGCGAUCGACGCACCAAAGCACCAUUAAUGGCCGCAAAAUCUAUAUUGUGUACUACUCUAUGUAUGGACAUGUCGAGAAACUAGCUGAAGAGAUUAAAAAAGGUGCCUCGUCUGUUGAAGGAGUCGAAGCAAAGCUGUGGCAGGUACCUGAGACACUCCCGGAAGAAGUGCUUGCGAAGAUGAGUGCUCCUCCUAAAAGCGACAUCCCCAUUAUCACGCCCAAUGAACUAGCUGAAGCUGACGGAAUCCUCUUCGGGUUCCCUACGAGGUUUGGUAUGAUGGCCGCCCAAUUCAAAGCAUUCCUCGAUGCGACUGGUGGCCUCUGGAGAAUGCAGCAGCUCGCAGGCAAGCCCGCUGGUCUCUUCUACAGCACUGGUUCACAAGGCGGCGGUCAAGAGACUACCCCGUUGACAGCCAUUACUCAACUGGCCCACCACGGAAUGAUCUUUGUGCCUAUCGGCUACACUUUCGGGGCUGGCAUGUUCGAGAUGGAGAAAAUAAAAGGAGGUAGCCCCUACGGUUCCGGUACUUUUGCUGGAGACGGUUCGAGGCUACCAUCUGAGCUCGAACUCGAACAAGCCUUUCAUCAGGGCAAGUACUUUGCAUCCAUCGCAAAGAAGCUCAAAGGAUCAGCCUAAACUCAUUCGCAUUUCUAUAUGCCUUUGAUUCCCCAUUGUGUUAUAAUAAAUUAUGGGUUUUCAUCGAUCUUCUUAUUAGUAUGAUUUGAUAUUUAUGUGUUUUCUUAGCACAUUGGUUGAUUAUGUAAGGGUGGUUUGUAUGUUAAUGUUGUCAAAGUUACAUGUAUGUCUCUUUUUUAUAUAUAUAUAUAUAUUUUUUUUUCAUUUUUCUCAUAUGAAACUGUUAUUUGUUAGUUGAUAUAUAUGAAAAUGACUGAUAUUUGGUGUCA